AUGAGAACGAAACCAUUCCUGCUGAUACUGACGUGCGUGAUUAUGAUCACUUGUAUGACCAUCCUGUUUGGUUCCGCCGGUCAGCAGAAUGAUUCGUUGAAAAACAUCGUCACCCAGACGCAUCAGCAGUUUCGCAACUUUAAGAAAAAUCUCCGUGAAUCCAACACCGAUCCACGGCCAGAAGUCGAUCCAAAAUAUCUCGCCCAGCUCGGCUUCACGCAACCGCUCUACAAUGCAAGCCAGCGGGCAAAUUUCACCAUCGUCACGUACGCCCUGCCCGGUGACAUCGCGUCCGCGCUGCUGUACGUCCAGAAUGUCGCUAUGAAACUUCCCGCCCAGCCCCUGCUGGUGUACGAUCUCGGGCUGGCCGAGUCGGAUCUGCACAUACUGCAGGGUGCCUGCAACAGUACCUCGACCACACACUGCACUGUGAUACCGUACGAUCUGAGUAAGCUGCCGGCCCAUGUGACCGACCGAAGUAUGCACGCGUUCCGUCCAAUCAUCAUCCACGAUGCGUUGGCACGGUCGAAGCUGAUCCUAUUCACGGAGAACAGCGUACGGCUGAAGGGUAGCAAUACGGUGCGAGAGUUCGAAGAUGUGCGGUUGCGGGCAGAAAACAGUAGCUCCGGUGUGCUCGGCUGUGCUACGAAACAACCCGUCACUAGCCGGACCCAUCCGAAGAUGUUCGAAUACUUCGAGAUUGCGGUCGAUAACUUCUACUUUCUGCCGAUGAUGUCGCUCGAGUUCCUGUUCUUCAGAGAUAGUGCGACAGUGAACGACAAGGUGCUGCUGCCAUGGGUACGCUGUGCGCUAACCUUGGAGUGCCUGCAUCCAAUUGGAGCUCAAACAGGUGGCUGCAAGUACAACAAGAAACCGCUGUAUCGAUACUCGGGAUGCCACGAAUACGACACGUGCGCAUUCAACAUCAUCCUCGGCAUGACGUUCGGGUACGACGAAAGUAACUACUCCAACCAGGAACUGGCCAACCUGUACUACCUGGAAACGCUCGAGCAAGCGACCAAGAUACUGGAAAAUCGACGUAAAAACAUAAGCGAUACCUCGGAGCACCCGUUUACUGAGGAUUAA